AUGCAGACGCUCGCGCAGCACUGUACCAUGCGGGCCGCGGCGGCGAAGGGCGCGCCGCUCUGCGCGCACCGCACUGCUGCUGUGCCUCGCGUCGGACGCGCGCAGCGGCUCCUCUGCCGCGCGGAGCAGCAGCAGCAGCAGCAAACCACUGAGAGCUCAG